AUGACAAUUCCGGUUGUGGAAACUCGAAAGGAGUACCAUGAUUUAUGGGAAUUUCUACAAACAACACAAUAUCAGAAAGACUUGUGGCUAGGAAUACGAUGGAACAACUAUGGUUUCUAUCAGUGGUUAAAUGGAAACAUUCUUGGAAUACAAAACUGGGCGAUGUCCGAACCAAGAUCUCAAACUGGACAGAGAUGUGUUUACGCUAGCUCGGACCAGAAAUGGCGCACAACACUUUGUUCAAAUGACAAACAUGUCAUCUGCUUUUACAAAGAUGGAGAGCUUUUUGGCCCACCACCACAAUUCUCUACUGCAACAGACUUCUUCACAGCCUAUAAUACAUGUAAAGACGAUGGUGGCCGCUUACCUGUUAUUCUUACAUCUUUUGAUCGCAAUCGUCUCUUAUCGAAACACAGCGAAACAAAUUUCUGGUUAGGAUUGAUUGAAGAGAAAGACCAGUUUGUGUGGAUUACAGGGGAGUAUUUAGGAUACUAUGACUGGAUUGAUGGCGAUAGGGGUACUUUAGUCCAUGUUCAUAUUAACAAGACGGUCCAUACCUAUCUCACUUUUCAUGCACCUUCAGAUGGAAAAGUAAAUGCCGAGUCUAGACGUUAUUUCUGUCAAAAUAAAACAACGAAAACGAACGAGUAUAUCGGUCUGUGGGGCUAUAAUUAUUUCAAACUGGUUGAAAGAAGCAUCUACACUCUAGCAUCGCCUCUAUCUCAGGUGAUUGUGCGUGGGAGGGCUCAUUGCGCUGCCGUAUGUUCUCGCGAUGCCCAUUGUUUGAAGUAUACUGUUGAUGGAACAAUCUGCAGUACUUUUGGAAACCUGGACUAUGCUGUUUCUGGAGGCGGGGUUCCACUGUAUGAGAGGAUGAGUGUCUCACAGGAACUGUAUCUAUAA